CAGAUCCAUCAUCAUCUUCUAAUUACCCAGAUCCAUCAUCAUCCACUCCCUCAACCACCGUAACCACUCCUCCUCACCACCUCCCAUAACUCAUCCACCCCCACUUCUCCCUCUCCGGUGUAAGUUUUUCGGCGAAACCCUGGGUGGACCACCAACGAUGAAACAUUAUUCCACUCAAGCAAACCCAAAACCUCCACUGCUUCCUUUAACUUCCCCUCCUUGCACAACACAUCAAACUCCUCAAUCAUCCCGCCGUCUUCGUCCGGUUGAGUACAAUUCAUCCCAUUACUCUGUAAGCUACCCCAAAAACUCUGUUGAUUACCCAUCAUGUAUGUAUUCUGCACAUUUCUACCUUGUUCAUACAACCUAUUUGAAGUAUUCUGAUUUUCGCUAGAAAUCCCAUUAGGGUUUUGCUCAAAUCGGUCAUUAUUUCCCCUAAAAUACGGAUUAUUGUUACUAGCAUAAUUAUUAGAUUGGGCGUUUUGAUAAUCAAAGGUCUCAUGGUCAACCCAUCCGAGCUCAUUUAAAUUCUGACCCAUUACCAACACACUCAUAAUGGCCCAUUACCAAAAAGCAGCCUCGAUUCAACAACUCCAAUUUCGUUCGAUUUUAAGUUUCGUUCGAUGUGGUGCAACAGGUUCAGACAUGUGUCAACCUGCUUAUAGCUUUUGCCAGCAAAUUUUUGAGGAUAUACUAUCUUUAACAGACAACGUAAAUUACUAUGAUAUAAGGAAGAAAUGUGAUGGGAGCUUGUGUUAUGACUUCUCAAAGUUGGAAAACUUUUUAAGCAAAUCAUCGGUUAAAAAAGCAUUAGGGGUACCAAGCAGUCUAGAUUAUGUUUCAUGUAGUGAUUUAGUGUUCCGGUCUAUGCUUAAUGAUUGGAUGAGAAAUCUUGAAGUUGAGAUUCCAGCACUUUUGGAAGACAAGAUUCAAUUGCUUGUGUAUGCAGGAGAAUAUGAUCUUAUUUGCAACUGGCUUGGGAAUUCGAGAUGGGUUCAUGCCAUGUCAUGGUCUGAUCAGAAAGAUUUUAUUUCAGCUUCAAAUGUUUCGUUUAUAGUCGACGGAAAAGAAGCUGGCAUUUUAAAAAAUCAUGGGCCUUUGACUUUUAUUAACGUUCAUAACGCUGGACACAUGGUCCCUAUGGAUCAACCAAGGGCUGCAUUAAAGAUGUUGGAGUUGUGGACCACAGGGAAGCUACUUCCACCCAACAAGGUGUGGGUGCGGGUGCACCUGUUUUUUUUUUUGUAGACACUCAAGAAAAUAAAAAUUAUAAAAAGCUUCCGUUUCGUUAUAAAGAUCCAUGUACUGUAGAAGAUAUUUGCAUUAUAUGUGUAUAUGAAAGCAAGAAAGAAAGAUAGAAAAAGGUUAAAACUUUACUUGUAAUUAGCCAGCAACUGGGCUAGCAACUGGGCUGAUUGGUUUGCUAACAAAACACCAUUUUAGUUUUUGAA